GCAUAAUAAUUUUUAUACGAAUAUUAAAAUACAUUUUUUAGUACUUUCACGUUACUGUGUGCCGAUCAGUCAAUCUCAACAAUCCAAAAUGAAAUUAGGAAGUUAUGAUAUCAUCAAUGUAAUGAUAAUAAUGCCACAAUUACAAUUAAUUGAGAAAUUAAGUGGCAGUUAUACAAUUACUAUUAUAUUACUUUAUUUAUGACAGGAACGUCGAAUAUUGAUGUAUUUCCUAUUUUUGGUUGAAAGUAACUCUAUUUUAUUUUUUCACAUAGGCUACAAUAUCUGAGACUAGUAAAGCAAUUUUUCAAAGACAGUUAAAGAAAAACAGAGAAGAAUUUCCACAAGUUCUCAGAACUUUUGCUACAACUCUACAUUUCUAUUCUGCUAGAGCAUACAGUUACGUUAGAAAAACUUUUAUGAAUUCCUUACCGCAUCCUGAAACAAUUAGAAAGUGGUAUCAAAAUGUAAAUGGACUGCCUGGUAUUUCAAAAGAAGCCAUAAAUACUUUGAAAUUAAAAAUUGAUAAAGCUAGCUCUGAAGGUAAAACUUUAUAUUUUAAUUUGGUAAUCGAUGAAAUGUCUAUAAAACAAGAGAUUAUAUGGGAAGGCAAAGUAUGUUACGGAUAUAUGGAUUUAGGGACAGGAAUCAUUAAUGAUUCAUUGCCAGUAGCUCAAUAUGCAUUGGUCUUUUUGGUAACAUGCAUAAAUAGUCAUUAUAAAAUACCAAUUGCGUAUUACCUUAUCCACUCGUUGUCAGGAAAAGAAAGGGCUAACUUAUUAACACAGUGCUUAUUAAUAUUACACGAAGCCAAUGUGCAUAUUGUUUCCGUUACCGUGGAUGGAGCUACUUCUAAUAUUUCCAUGUUGAAUAAAAUGGGAGCCAAUUUGUCAAUGAAAGAUGUGAAUCAGUUAGUACCAUAUUUUAUUCAUCCAAAAUCCAAAA